UAAGUAAAGCAUGUUACUUUGAAGGUCCUGCUAAUUAGCUAGGAAAGCCCUUCAUAAAACCACUUAUCUCAUUGCUCUGUGAACAGGAAAACCUAGUCAUUAAUAAACGGUUAUCCAAGGUGAAAGUGAGACCAUAACUUGGACCCAUCGUGAUAUGAGUGGCAAAAAAGAGAUCCCUAAAGAGAAAACCUCCAAGCAUCUCUAUAAAACCUUUUAUUUUGCGUCAUUCUGAUAGCUACUGCCUUAUGAUUAGAAUCCUUCGGCACAUGAUGCGUCAUUUGGUGAUAACUCAGGGGAAAACCCUAUAACAGUGCUUGGUGCUGGAAUGGUGACCCCUAAAAGGAGUGUCAUGAAAGACCUAUCCGGAUACACGUCAUCGCCAGCUUCUACGCCGAUAGGGCGUAAUACAAAACCGGGUUGGUACGCGGAGCAUGACAAGUUUGUGCACAUCUCGCAGACUGCUGGUGCAGGUAUACUACUUAUUGGGGACUCGAUAAUCAAUGGAUUGUCCCGUUACCAUAGUGUCUGGUCGAAAUAUUUUGGGCCGUUGAGGGCACUUAACUUUGGCAUCGGUGGUGAUCGCACCCAGCAUGUUCUUUGGAGAGUCGAAAACGGCGAGAUUCCGAUGAAUCUGCACAUAUGUGUUGUGCACUGCGGAACAAAUAACAUUGACAAGGACACACCCUCUGAUAUCACCGAUGGCAUUACAUCCAUAGUGUCCGUAUUCCAGACUGCGAAACCGAACGCCAAGGUAAUAAUUGCCGGACUGCUCCCACGUGAUUUGGAGCAUGGAUACCGGCGACAUAGCAUCCGCAGCGUCAACAAGAAGCUAAAAAGAUGGAGUCAGUCACCUUCACAGAGGAACGUUUAUUUUCUGAAGCCGGACAAUGACUGGGUGUUACCGGAUGGUAUGCUCAGAACAGAGCUUUAUUACACUGACUACUUGCAUUUAGGCGAGCCAGGCAACGAAAAGUUUGCAAAGUCAAUUUACGACAUGAUAAUGAAGUUGAUGCAAGGCGAAAGAAUCGAUUAUAUCCUCAGCAGCGAUGAAGAAGAUAUGGAGCUUGAGGAUUCCGAUUUGAAGUAUCCUGUCACAGACCUGCGGGAUAAGCUAAAUAAUGUACGUACAAUUGAUUAAUCCUUCCUUUUCUUAAUUUGAAAUUAGUUACUAAAGAUAAAAGAUUAACAAUUGUCAGGCAGAAGUAUGAUUUUAUAGGAAAUAUUGCAAGUUCAUUGAUUCAAAAAUCUAUAAAAGGCAAAAGUUUUGGACGGUCUUAAGUUCUGUAUCUGUUUGAAAUCAGAGGAAUUGCUCUUGUUGAAUUCGAAAUAGCAGCGCCAUUUAUUGUGGCCGUAGGUCGGUCAAUUUCCAUAUGGGUGCCUUGCUCGAGUGCCCCCUAGCCAUCUGAACUGGUAGAUCAUGUGAUCUGAAGAAACGUUCACUGUUGCGAUGUUUAGCUGUCGAUUUGCGCCAGAAGAAUCAUGGCGAAUGGCCGCAAUAUGCAUAACAAGUCUCCUUUUGCUUGUUAUCCUAUCAAGAGAAGUAGUUUGUUGGAAGCGAUUCUGUAAACGAUAUAUUUCAAGAGAGAAAGAUGAUAUUUCGCCAUGUGCUCUUACAGUGUCAAGAAUGACUUUGGAAAAGUUAACAUAAUUUCUGUGAUGAAUUGGACCACAUUUAUUAAAGGCUUUUUUACGAAGAAACCAGUUGUUGCCUAAUUUGAAGCUAUAUCUCGAGAAAGAAUCUAAUACCUUGCUGUUGGGCUUUUCACCAUCUUUGUUGGAAGCGCAUUACACUGUGUGUCUUAUGUUGGACUAUAUUGUCACUGGCUGAUUUUUGUUGGACCUGGCAGAUUUCAUGUCCCUCGUUCAAACUGUAGAAAAAUGCUAUCAAAACGACAGAAUCGUGCCUGAUACUCGAUUUCAUAGAUGAAUUUGGGAUGGACUGCCAUGACAAUGUUGCGUAAAAGAUAAAAGCUCAUCGGGUCGAUCACUAGGAAGAGCAAUCAGUUGAUCAGUGCGCUCCUAUCUGCUAUCAGCCAAUCAACGUGAAACUGUUUACCACAGCCAAUCAACGUGAUAUUGUCUAUAAUCAACCAAUCAAUGCGACCCUAUCCACCAUCAGCCAAUCAAUGCGACCCUGUCUACCAUCAGCCAAUCAACGUGAUACUGUCUAUCAUCAACCAAUCAAUGCGACCCUGUCUACCAUCAGCCAAUCAACGUGAUACUGUCUAUCAUCAACCAAUCAAUGCGACCCUGUCCACCAUCAGCCAAUCAACGUGAUACUGUCUCUCAUCAAUCAACCAAUGCGACCCUGUCCACCAUCAGCCAAUCAACGAGAUAUUGUCUAUCGUCAACCAACCAAUGCGACCCUGUCCACCAUCAGCCAAUCAACGUGAUUCUGUCUGCCAUCAGCCAAUCAACAUGAUACUGUCUAUCAUCAACCAAUCAAUGCGACCCUGUCUACCAUCAGCCAAUCAACGUGAUACUGUCUAUCAUCAACCAAUCAAUGCGACCCUGUCCACCAUCAGCCAAUCAACGUGAUACUGUCUCUCAUCAAUCAACCAAUGCGACCCUGUCCACCAUCAGCCAAUCAACGAGAUAUUGUCUAUCGUCAACCAACCAAUGCGACCCUGUCCACCAUCAGCCAAUCAACGUGAUUCUGUCUGCCAUCAGUCAAUCAACAUGAUACUGUCUAUCAUCAACCAAUCAAUGCGACCCUGUCCACCAUCAGCCAAUCAACGUGAUUCUGUCUACCAUCAGCCAAUCAACAUGAUACUGUCUAUCAUCAACCAAUCAAUGCGACCCUGUCCACCAUCAGCCAAUCAACGUGAUUCUGUCUACCAUCAGCCAAUCAACAUGAUACUGUCUGCCAUCAGCCAAUCAACAAGAUACUGUCUGCCAUCAGCCAA